AUGAGGGUAAUCUGGUUGGCCAUUGCGGCGGUCGCUACCGCGCAGCAGGUCCAUAUUGGGCCGAAUGGAAUCAUCCAGGGCCAUGAAGCACCGAAGAAUCCAGGGGUCGCAGAAUGGUUGGGGGUUCCCUAUGCUCAGCCGCCGGUCGGCCAAUUGCGAUUUGCACCGCCCGAGCCGCACACGCCUCAGGGCGUUUAUACUGCAUCACAAUAUGAUAAUACAGGGAAAUGUAUGUACUCGGUGUCCAGCCUAGUCAACUAUCCCGACAAGACUCCGCAAUUCGACAGCAUUUUUGAAGCAUUCGCGGCUAUCAACAACAACACGCAGAGUGAAGAUUGUUUGACUCUGAACAUUUGGUCGAAGCCAGACUCGAAUAAACUCAAGCCAGUUUAUGUUCAUUUCUACGGCGGCAGAUGGACCAGCGGCACGACCGACACUCCUUUCUACUAUGGCGGCGGAUUUGCUGAUGCGGAAGAUGUAAUCGUCGUAACGGUCAACUACCGUAUGAACAUCUUCGGGUUUCCCGGGUUGCCUGGACAUCCUUCGAACCUGGGUCUGCUGGACCAACGUCUGGCGAUCGAAUGGCUGAAAAAAAAUAUCCGGGGAUUCGGAGGUGAUGAAAACCGCAUCGUCAUCUCCGGCCAGUCUUGUGGGAGUGCUUCUGUCGAUUAUUGGGCAUAUGCCUAUCGAUCCGAGCCGCUCGUCGCCGGCCUGAUUUCGCACUCUGGCACGGCCCUCAGCUUCCCGACAAAUAAUCGAACAACCGCGGCAAAUCAUUGGUAUACAGUCUCCGCUCAACUGGGCUGUGGCUCUUCGGGAGAUGUUCUGCCGUGCAUGAGGAACCAGAAAGCUAGUGCCAUCCUGGCUGCUGCCAGCGCCGUAAAGGUUCCGACUACCAACCCUGCUAGAAAAUCCCCGGCAUUUCAGCCCACUGUGGAUGAUGUGACUGUUUUUGAGAACUAUACUGCCCUUUCACAGCAAGGGAAAUUUGCGCGCAUCCCCUACUUGGUCGGCCACAACGCAAAUGAAGCAGGAUUUUACAAAAUUGCCUCGUACGCUCAAGGCUCCACGUUGACAGAUCAGCAGUGGGAUGACUUCAAUAUGCAAACUUUCUUCUGUCCCUCCAACCUCGAAGCCGCGCACCGGAGUCUUCGUCACACUCCUGUUUGGCGAUUUCAAUACCAAGCAGAUUGGGAGAACACCCGCCUGUACCCCACCAGCGGAGCGUACCACGGUGUUGAGCUCAACAUGAUUUAUGGCGAAUCUGCUGAGAUUACUGGGAUCGCAAUCUCCGAUGCACAGCGCCAGCUGCAGAAUAAGAUGCGGUCAGCCUGGGCGGCAUUCAUUGCUGAUCCAGAUCAUGGACUAGAGGCACUGGGAUGGCCAAAAUAUAAUCCUCAAGCUUCUACCCUUGCGGAGAUUGGUCUCAACAAUGAUCCUAGCAUGUCUUUUGUAUCCACGUCGAGCUCUGCUCAGCAGUGUGCAGCCUUACUGGCGAAACUAUGA